UGAAUAAACUCUGAUCUAAAGCAAUAAAUUCGGUAUCUCUUUAUGCCAAAAUCAUAUAUAUACACACGCAUAUCUCUGUGUAGUUUGUGAGAGUGAAAGUGAGAGAGGUAGCAGACAUGGGUUUUGUUGAAGAAAAACAAGAGAACAACAAUAAAAGUGGUGAGAAAGGAGGAAGUUGUAAUGAAGAACAACAGAAAGUCCCAUUCUACAAGUUGUUUACAUUCGCGGACCGGGUCGACAUCUCUCUAAUAAUCGCCGGCACAUUGGGCGCCAUCGGCAACGGGAUGGCGCAGCCGCUGAUGACCAUCUUCUUCGGCGAGCUCAUAAAUUCUUUCGGAACUACAGAUCCCUCGCAUGCUGUUCAUCAAGUCUCUAAGAUAUGUAUCAAGUAUGUGUACCUUGCCAUCGGUUCGGGCAUAGCUGCGUAUUUACAGAUGUCUUGUUGGAUGAUUACUGGAGAGCGUCAGGCAGGUCGUAUAAGGGCAUUAUACUUACAGACAAUUCUAAGACAGGACAUUGCCUUCUUUGACACGGGAACUACAACGGGAGAGGUUAUAGGAAGAAUGUCUGGCGAUACCAUUCUCAUUCAAGAAGCCAUGGGCGAAAAGGUUGGGAAGUUCUUACAGUUUACUUCAACAUUCGUGGGAGGAUUCGCAAUUGCCUUUUCAAAAGGAUGGCUUCUCUCAUUGGUGUUGUCUUCGUCCAUACCUGCCCUGGUUAUAACAGGAGGAUCUAUGGCGCUUCUCAUUGCAAAGAUGUCAAGCCGUGGCCAAGUUGCGUAUGCACAGGCUGGAAAUGUAGUGGAGCAGACAAUAGGAGGGAUUAGAACUGUUGCUUCUUUCACCGGAGAGCAACGCGCAAUCAAGAAAUAUGAGGAGAAGCUACAAAUCGCUUAUAAAUCUACAGUUCAACAAGGGCUUGCUUCUGGCAUAGGACUGGGAGUUAUAUUACUAGUUGUGUUCAGCACUUACGGGCUAGCGGUCUGGUACGGUGCCAAGCUCAUAAUACACAAUGGGUACACAGGAGGAGAUGUGAUUAAUAUUCUUAUGGCCAUCAUGAAUGGAGGAAUUGCACUGGGGCAGACAAGUCCAUCUCUCAACGCAUUUUCGGCAGGGCAGGUUGCAGCUUACAAAAUGUUUGAGACAAUAAAUCGCAAACCAGUGAUUGAUGUUUACGACACGAGUGGCACUGAGCUGCAAGAUAUUAGGGGUGAAAUCGAGCUGAAAGAUGUGUAUUUCAAGUAUCCGGCGAGGAAAGAUGUGCAAAUUUUUGCAGGGUUUUCAAUUUAUAUCCCUAGUGGCAAGACUGCAGCUCUUGUAGGGCAGAGCGGGAGCGGCAAGUCUACCAUCAUUAGUUUAUUGGAAAGGUUUUAUGAUCCUGAUUCUGGAGAAGUUAUUAUAGACGGUGUUAACUUGAAGAAAUUUAAAGUGAGAUGGUUGAGGCAACAAAUGGGAUUAGUGAGCCAAGAGCCAAUCUUGUUUGCAACUAGCAUAAAAGAGAACAUAAGCUAUGGUAAGGAAAAUGCUACAGAUGCAGAGAUCAGAACAGCAAUAGAACUUGCAAAUGCAGCCAAAUUCCUUGACAAGCUCCCUGAGGGGCUUGAUACAAUGGUUGGUGAGCAUGGAACACAGUUAUCAGGCGGACAAAAACAAAGGAUUGCUAUAGCCAGGGCCAUUCUAAAGAACCCUAAAAUCCUCCUCCUUGAUGAAGCUACUAGUGCUUUGGAUGCAGAAUCAGAAAGAAUUGUGCAAGAUGCACUGGACAAGGUGAUGGCCAACAGGACCACUGUGGUCAUUGCUCAUCGUUUGACCACAAUCCGAAAUGCUGAUCUAAUAGCAGUAGUGCAAACCGGCAAACUCGUGGAACAAGGAACUCAUGAUGAGUUGAUCAAAGAUCCUAACGGAGCAUAUACACAGCUAGUAAGAAUGCAGGAAGGAAACAAGCAGCAAGAAGAGAAGACGACAACGACUAGUGUAGAAGAUCCAGCUGCUGCUGCUGAUGAUGAUGAAUUAAGUAGAAGCCAGCAGGAGCAGCAGAUGUUAUCUUCUGUACUGAGAAGAUCUAUCAGCCGUGUACAAUCUUUCACGCAUAGUUAUGCAAUUCCAGGGCUAGUUGACAUCCAACAAUCUGAAGAUCAACAAGUAGAAGAUAAAUUAGAGGAGGCCGCAGUAGUAGAUGCCCAAACAUUAAAGAAAAGAAAGCGAGUGUCUAUCAAAAGGCUUGCCCUCCUCAACAAACCAGAGUUUCCAUUUUUGCUUCUUGGAGUUUUAGCAGCAUGCUUUCAUGGAAUAAUCUUCCCAAUAUUCGGCCUCCUUCUUUCCACUGUCAUCAAAAUUUUCUUCAAGCCUCUACCAGAGAUGAAUAAAGAUUCCAAGUUCUGGGCACUCAUGUAUAUUCUCCUCGGGGUAGCUACUUUAAUAGUUGUGCCCAUCCAGAAUUUCUUCUUUGGAGUUGCGGGGGGUAAACUCAUCCAGAGAAUCCGUUCUUUAACAUUCAGGAAAGUAGUCUACCAAGAAAUUAGCUGGUUUGAUGAUCCUGCGAACUCAAGUGGUGCAGUUGGCGCAAGAUUAUCCACCGAUGCAUCCACUGUCCGGAGCCUUGUAGGUGAUGCUUUGGCUCUAAUUGUCCAGAACAUGGCAACAGUCGUGGCAGGGGUCGUAAUUGCCUUUACAGCUAAUUGGAUCCUAGCAUUUAUCGUCCUGGUUGUGAUUCCACUACUAGGCUUGCAAGGUUUUAUGCAGAUGAGGUUGUAUGCAGGAUUUAGUGCUAACGCCAAGGUGAUGUAUGAAGAAGCAAGUCAAGUUGCAAAUGAUGCAGUUGGGAGCAUAAGAACCGUGGCCUCGUUUUGUGCAGAAGAGAAGGUGAUGGCUAUGUAUCAGAAGAAAUGUGAAGAGCCUAUGAAGCAAGGGGUUAAAAUAGGACUCAUAAGUGGAGGGGGUUUGGGCUUUGGUUCUCUUGUGCUCUAUCUCACAAAUGCAUUUUGUUUCUACAUAGGAGCUGUUCUUAUUGAACACGACUUAGCAACCUUUCCAGAGGUCUUCAAGGUUUUCUUUGCACUGGCAAUGACUGCUACUGGAGUUUCUCAAUCCUCUGCUAUGGCACCAGACCUUAACAAGGCUAAGGAUUCAGCAGCCUCUAUAUUCGACAUUCUUGACAGAAAACACAAGAUUGAUAGUAGCAGUGAACAAGGUACGACAUUAACUAGUGUCCGAGGAGAUAUCGAGCUACAACAUGUAGCAUUCAAGUAUCCAACUCGCCCCGAUAUCGAAAUUUUCAAGGACAUGUGCCUCACUAUGCCUGCUGGAAAGACAUGCGCUCUUGUUGGAGAGAGUGGAAGUGGGAAAUCAACGGUGAUUGGGCUAGUAGAGAGAUUCUAUGAUCCUGAUUCUGGAGAGGUUUUGCUGGAUGGGGUUCCAAUCGAGAAACUCAACCUAAGUUGGCUAAGGCAACAAAUGGGGCUGGUGAGCCAAGAACCAGUACUCUUCAAUGACAGGAUUCGCGACAACAUAGCCUAUGGAAAACAAGGAAAUGUUACAGAGGAAGAGAUCAUUGAGGCUGCAAAAGCAUCCAAUGCUCACAAUUUCAUCUCCUCACUGCCUCACGGCUACGAUACUCCGGUGGGAGAGAGGGGGACACAACUAUCCGGUGGUCAAAAGCAACGGAUAGCCAUCGCUAGAGCGAUACUUAAAGAUCCAAGAAUUCUUCUACUGGACGAGGCUACGAGCGCGCUGGACACACAGUCAGAGCACAUAGUGCAAGAGGCGUUGGAGCGCGUGAUGGUGAACCGGACCACUGUCGUCGUGGCUCACCGUUUAGCAACAAUUAAAGGGGCUGACCUGAUUGCUGUGGUGAAAAAUGGAGUCAUUGCAGAGAAGGGGACACACGAAACGCUUUUGAAAAUCAAUGGAGGAGUUUAUGCUUCGUUGGUAGCACUUCACACCACUGCUACUACUAAAUGAUCACAUCUCAUCCCAUGCAUCCAUUCUAGCUUCUUGCCGGGGGACUGAUAGAUGGAAGAUACAAAUAUUUCCACACACCACCUCCCAACAUGUUUAUUUAUACAAUAAAUGCAUGUGGAUGGUUGUUUCAUUUUUCUUAAUAUCAAAUUUUAAAAUGAUGGAUACAUGUAUUAUAUUCUAUCCGGUUUGCAAAAUUGCAAGUAACAAAUUUAAUUUUCUACCUUUGUCCUUAAUUAAUGUCACUAUCUUCUCAA